AUGAUGUUUUUCUACCUCAUGCCGCCUUUCUACCUCAUGCCGCCUUUCUACCUCAUGCCGCCUUUCUACCUCAUGCCGUCUUUCUACCUCAUGCCGCCUUUCUACCUCAUGCCGUCUUUCUACCUCAUGCCGCCUUUCUACCUCAUGCCGCCUUUCUACCUCACGCCGUCUUUCUACCUCAUGCCGUCUUUCUACCUCAUGCCGUCUUUCUACCUCAUGCCGUCUUUCUACCUCAUGCCGCCUUUCUACCUCAUGCCGCCUUUCUACCUCAUGCCGCCUUUCUACCUCAUGCCGCCUUUCUACCUCAUGCCGUCUUUCUACCUCAUGCCGUCUUUCUACCUCAUGCCGUCUUUCUACCUCAUGCCGUCUUUCUACCUCAUGCCGCCUUUCUACCUCAUGCCGUCUUUCUACCUCAUGCCGCCUUUCUACCUCAUGCCGCCUUUCUACCUCAUGCCGCCUUUCUACCUCAUGCCGUCUUUCUACCUCAUGCCGCCUUUCUACCUCAUGCCGCCUUUCUACCUCAUGCCGUCUUUCUACCUCAUGCCGCCUUUCUACCUCAUGCCGCCUUUCUACCUCAUGCCGUCGUUCUACCUCAUGCCGCCUUUCUACCUCAUGCCGCCUUUCUAUCUCAUGCCGUCUGUCAGCGAUAACUAUCUCCACUUAGGCACGGUUCCCAAGCCCAAGUGCACAUCCAAGACCCUCACACUCGCGUUCGGGAACAACUGCUUCCCCGCCAAGGCCAUCCCCUGCAACCAACCUCAACGCCCCGCCCAGCAGUGCAGUGCCUUCUGCGGCCUCUCACCCCCCGCCACACCGUCAUGUGCCGGUCAGGGCUACUGCUUCUGGCAGGGGGCGCAGUUCACGGGCACUGCCACUUGCGCGUGCAACGAGGGGUUUGGGAACGGGGUGGAUCCCAGCACGUGCCUGCAGUCGCUGCCAGACUCAGAAUGGUUGGCUCUGAGUGCGCUCUCAGUGGCGUGGGGCGGCUUUGACGGCGACGGCACCUGGAGAAGGAAGGUGCCGUGUGCGCAGCUCAAAUACGUCUUGUGCAACCAAGCCAACCACAUCAUCAAGCUGUGA